GACCGACGAAGUCUCGGAUGAUUUUUCUUUACCAUUGGGCGGUGUCGGCGGUUUUUAGUAGGACCCAUCUCGACAGACUUUGUGUUGAACUCCAGUUUAUUUUAGAAAAUAUUUUAAAAUUAUUUAGUCUUUCAUGUAUCAGUUAUUACGAGGACUGGCAUUUUGUCAUGCGAAUAAUGUACUACAUCGCGACCUCAAGCCUCAAAAUCUACUAAUUAAUAAGGAUGGGGAGUUAAAAUUGGGUGAUUUUGGAUUAGCUCGACCGUUUGGUAUUCCUGUUCGCUGUUAUUCGGCUGAGGUUGUAACAUUAUGGUAUCGUCCGCCAGAUGUUUUAAUGGGAGCGAAGAUUUACACGACCUCAAUAGACAUGUGGUCAGCUGGAUGCAUUUUUGCAGAAUUGUCGAAUGGCGGAAGACCUCUUUUCCCAGGGAGCGACGUUGAUGACCAACUAAGAAAAAUAUACAAAAUCUUAGGAUCACCAAAUGAAGAUGCUUGGCCUGGAAUGACAAAAUUGCCAGAGUAUAAAGAUUAUGGGUUCCAUCUUCCAGUAUCGUUAUCUCACGUUGUUCCAAAACUUCCAUCCAUUGGCAGGGACCUACUACAGAAAUUGCUCGUGUUCAAUCCAUUAAUGCGUAUGGCUGCAGACGUUGCAAUGAAUCAUCAAUAUUUCAAUGAUCUUAAUCCUUUAAUCAAAAACUGAUUAUACCAGAUCUGUUCUAAUUUAAGUAACUCCGCUUUCAAAGAAGCA